AUCUCAGUGUAUAUAUAAAGUGGAACUCCUCAAAUCUUUUUGGCAUGAAUCCUUGAAGAACUUCCAAGACUCACUCCUCCACACACAAAACAAAAAUCUGUUUUUUGGGAGUUUAGUUAUUUAUUUAUUUAUUCAUUCAUUUUUUUUAUAUUUUAAUCUACAAUAUCAAACCUACCAUUACCUCUCAAAUUCAAAUGCAGAAAAUGGGAACGGACGACGGAAAGGGAACAAUUAAUCCCCACCACCGCCACCACUCCGACACCGAUAUCGUCGGCGGCGACAGGGCGUCGUACAGCGGUCCGUUAAGCGGACCUCUCAACAAGCGUGCUGGCGGCCGCAAAAGCGCCAGAUUCAACCUUCCUGACUCCGCCGGCGCCGGCGGCUCCGUCUCCGGCGACGACGACCAAAGCUACGUCGAGAUCACUCUCGAUGUCCGCGACGACUCGGUGGCGGUGCACAGCGUGAAGACUGCUGGAGGAGCGGAGGUGGAAGAUCCGGAGCUGACUUUGUUGGCUAAAGGGCUCGAAAAGAGAUCUUCGUUUAAAUCUUCGAUUGUUCGAAAUGCUUCGUCUCGGAUCAAACAAGUGUCCCAGGAGCUCAAGAAAUUGACUUCAUUGUCGAAGCGGAGUCAUCAGGGUCGGUUUGAUCGGAACAAGUCUGCGGCGGCGCAUGCUUUGAAAGGUCUUAAAUUCAUCAGCAAGACCGACGGCGGCGCUGGCUGGGCUGCGGUGGAGAAGCGGUUUAACAACCUCACUUCCUCCACCAAUGGCUUGCUUCAUCGGUCUCUCUUCGGUGAAUGCAUAGGGAUGAAUAAGGAGUCGAAAGAGUUCGCCGGAGAGCUUUUCGAUGCACUUGGCCGGAGACGGAAUAUAACCGGUGAUAUGAUCAACCUGGCGGAGUUAAAAGAAUUUUGGGAGCAAAUCUCCGAUCAAAGUUUCGAUUCGAGGCUUCAAACUUUCUUUGACAUGGUUGAUAAAGAUGCAGAUGGGAGAAUCACAGGAGAAGAAGUCAAAGAGAUUAUAACCCUCAGUGCUUCUGCCAACAAGCUAUCAAAUAUACAGAAACAGGCAGAUGAAUAUGCAGCAUUGAUUAUGGAAGAGCUAGACCCAGAUAAUGCUGGAUAUAUCAUGAUAGAGAACUUGGAGAUGUUGUUGUUGCAAGCACCAAGCCAUCAAACAAGAGGAGGUGAAAGUAGAAUCCUAAGCCAAAUGCUGAGCCAAAAGCUCAAGCCCACACUAGAACUCAACCCUUUAAGGAGAUGGUACCGGGCCGCCAAGUACUUCUUGCUUGAUAACUGGCAGAGAGUUUGGGUUAUGGCACUCUGGAUUUGUGUCAUGCUUGGCCUAUUCGCGUGGAAAUUCAUUCAGUAUCGAAACAGAGCAGCCUACGGGGUAAUGGGCCAUUGUGUUUGCAUGGCAAAAGGUGCUGCCGAGACUCUCAAGCUCAACAUGGCAAUAAUUUUACUCCCCGUUUGUCGGAACACAAUCACCUGGCUCAGAAACAAGACCAAGUUGGGAGUCGCGGUUCCAUUCGACGACAAUCUCAAUUUCCACAAAUUAAUCGCUGUGGCAAUUGCCCUUGGAGUUGGAAUACACGCGAUUUAUCAUUUAGUGUGCGAUUUCCCUCGCUUGAUUCAGGCCAGUCCUGAGAAGUACGCGCCAAUGGAGCCGUAUUUUGGGGAACAAGCCCAUAGCUACUGGCAUUUUGUGAAGAGUUUCGAAGGAAUUAGUGGGAUUAUCAUGGUGGUGUUGAUGGCGAUAGCGUUCACAUUGGCAAGCCCGUGGUUUAGGCGAAAUAGGGUAAACCUGCCUAAAGCCCUCAAGAAGCUAUCCGGAUUCAACGCUUUCUGGUAUUCACACCACCUGUUUGUGAUUGUCUACGGUCUUCUCAUCGCUCAUGGAAUCAAGCUUUAUUUGACACACAAAUGGUACAAGAAAACGGUAUGGAUGUACUUGGCAGUUCCGAUCAUUCUGUAUGCAUGCGAAAGAUUGAUUCGGUUAUUCAGAUCCAGCAUCAAGCCGGUUAAGAUACUCAAGGUGGCUGUUUAUCCUGGAAAUGUGUUGGCUAUUCACAUGUCAAAGCCUCAAGGCUUCAAAUACAAGAGUGGGCAAUACAUGUUUGUCAACUGUGCUGCUGUUUCCCCAUUUGAAUGGCACCCAUUCUCCAUUACUUCUGCUCCCGGAGACGACUACCUUAGCGUUCAUAUCCGAACUCUUGGUGAUUGGACACGACAACUCAAAACAGUGUUCUCAGAGGUAUGUCAGCCACCACCUACAGGGAAAAGUGGACUCCUCAGAGCUGACUACAUGCAAGGAGAGAAUAAUCCCAAUUUUCCAAGAGUGUUGAUAGAUGGUCCAUAUGGUGCACCAGCACAGGACUACAAGAAAUAUGAUGUAGUGUUGCUAGUAGGCUUAGGAAUUGGGGCAACACCAAUGAUCAGCAUUGUCAAAGAUAUUGUGGACAACAUGAAGGCCAACGAUGAGGAAGAAAAUGCCUUGGAGGGCGGUGAUGGCGCCACUGCAACAAAGAGAAGCGGCAACAGCUUCAAGACGACAAGGGCUUACUUCUAUUGGGUGACAAGAGAGCAAGGCUCUUUCGACUGGUUCAAAGGGAUUAUGAACGAGGUGGCAGAGACGGAUAAAAAUGGGGUGAUAGAGAUGCACAAUUAUUGCACGAGCGUUUAUGAAGAAGGUGAUGCACGCUCUGCGCUCAUCACCAUGCUUCAAUCGCUCAACCAUGCCAAGCAUGGCGUGGAUGUUGUCUCUGGGACACGAGUUAAGUCUCAUUUUGCGAAGCCCAAUUGGCGCAAUGUCUACAAGCGGAUCGCUCUCAACCACACUAAUGGCAGAGUUGGAGUGUUUUACUGUGGGGCACCAGCACUUACAAAAGAGCUAAAACAGCUAGCUUCUGAUUUCUCUCGCAAGACCUCCACCAAUUUGAAUUCCACAAAGAAAAUUUUUAAACUUACCCCCUUCUAGAAACAACCCUUCUUCAUCAUCCCCUCUCGCUCUCAUCAUAUUUACAUACACAUUCAUGUUAAUGUAUAAUAAAUAUUAUAUGAUCCAAGAGCUUGCGUACAGUGAUUGACAAGGGAAGACGGUGAAAAGACAAAACGGCAUUGGGAAAAUUUACCUCUAUGUUUGGAUGGUGAUGGUGAUUGUGGUGGGGGCCCACUCACCACCUUUGAAUGUGGAGGUGUGAGAAAUUGUCAUUCAUUUGGUCAAGGAGUAGAGUAGGUAGUUGUGAUUCAGAGCUCUCUCUCUCUCUCUCCCUCUCUAUAUAUAUUUUUUUAUAUUUAUUUAUUUAGGAAUUUAUUUUUAUUUUAGAGGAUAUAAGUGGGGAUGAUAAUUGUGAGAUUGGUGGUGGUGGGUUGUUGGAAAUGGGAUAUUGCCAACCACCACUCAAGCCAAAAGGAUUGACCAAUGUAUAUGGUUUCAUACUUUUUUUGAUUUUGAUAAUAAUAUCUUUGUUUGGGAUGUAAAU